UAUGCUUUGGGUGUAUCCAAUCCAUCUGCUUUACGAGAAACGGCUGUAGAGGUCCCAACAGUAUCAUGGAAAGACAUCGGUGGACUCGAUAAAGUUAAACUAGAACUUCAAGAAACCGGACCUGAAUUAUUAACUAUGUGGUUUGGUGAAUCUGAAGCAAACGUUCGAGAUGUUUUUGAUAAAGCACGUGCUGCUGCACCAUGUGUAAUGUUCUUUGAUGAAUUGGAUUCUAUUGCAAAAGCUCGUGGAGCUAGCUUAGGAGAUGGUGGCGGCGCUGGUGACCGUGUUCUUAAUCAAAUUCUUACCGAGAUGGAUGGUAUGAAUGCUAAAAAGAAUGUAUUCAUUAUUGGUGCUACAAAUCGCCCAGAUCAAAUUGAUCCGGCACUACUUCGUCCUGGUCGUCUUGACCAAUUAAUUUAUAUCCCCCUACCUGAUGAGGUAUCAAGAUUAGCGAUUUUAGAAUCUACAUUACGAAAAUCACCUCUUGCCGAAAGUGUUAAAAGUAAUUUGAAAUACUUGGCAAAACAAACAGAAGGAUUCUCUGGUGCUGAUUUAACAGAAAUCUGUCAACGCGCAUGUAAAUUGGCUAUUAGGGAAAGUAUUGAAAAGGAAUUAAAACGUGAUCAGGAGCGUAAGGAAAGAAUUGGUGAAGAAGGUACGAUGGAUGAAGACACAGAAGAAGAAGAUUUGGUCCCUGAAAUCACAAGUUCUCACUUCGAAGAAGCUAUGAAAUUUGCUCGUCGUUCAGUUUCCGAUAGUGACAUUCGCAGAUAUGAAAUAUUUGCUCAAAACCUUCAGCAGUCUCGUGGCUUUGGCCUAAACUUUAAAUUCCCCGAGGGUUCCAGUGGAGGUCCUUCCACAGACGUACAAAAUGGUGGUAAUGCUAUGGAUGUUACUAGUACUGCAUUCGGUCAGGAUGUUAAUGAUGACGAUGAUUUGUAUGCUACUUAA